AUGUUAAACACUGGGUGCACUCAUUGUCAAACACCCUUUGAAAGAGACCUUUCCAAACCUCUAGCACUGUCACAGCCAUAUGUGGAUAGAUAUGUUAUUCAUCUUAAUCAUAAGUAUUCAACUAUGGCAGAUAUACCGUCUCGGGUGGUUCUGCCGCUUUUAACUACAGUUAGAGAAUCUCCAGAGGUAAUCCAAAGUACCUUAGGUAUAAUCGAGGGUGCGGAUCAUCCUACACAUGACAACGAGCAAAUGGUGGUGAGAUUCUAUCCUGAGGGGAUUCUUGCUCGAGGAACAGUAGAAGCUAUUUCUCUGUAUUUAAAAUCAGAAUCAGAUAUAAAUAGUUUACAAGUGGAAGAAAUAUCAAAACCGUUAGUAAUGGUGUGUGGGCAUGCUGCCAGAGAUGCUAGAUGUGGUACAAUAGCACCCUUAUUAGUUGAAGAGCUUACAGCGGUUGCAAAGCUUCAAGGUUUGGAUUUUGAUGUUGGUUACAUCACUCAUGUUGGCGGUCAUAUAUAUGCCGGUAACCUUAUAAUUUUUAAGAGGGGCCAGCUUCCAACCUGGUAUGGCCGAGUUGAUCCUCACCAUAUUCAAGGGAUUAUCCAAGAGAGUGUACUUGGAAAUAAUAUUAUAGAUGAAUUGUACCGGGGUAGAUAA